GCAAUCGCUCCUUUCUUUCCUUUCUCCAAAAUCGCUGCUCCGCCGUCGUCCCCAAUCAUCUUCUCCUCCACGGAACAUCAUCCCGUCCCAAUCCAAAUCUAUCGCUCCGUGUAUCCGCUUCAAAUCGCCUUCGCUCGUCUGCUUCGGUCCGGUCAAGAAUUGACGCCGGUCGUCGACUUGUCGGUCGAGGGCGUUGAGCUUGGAGGUGCCGCCUUGCCGUGCACACGGUUCACCAUCAAGGCCCAAUGGAUUUUCGUCUCCCUCUCCAUCAAGAGGCUAUUCAUUUCCAGGAAGAUUAUGAAAUUCCAACAUUCAAGCCAAGAAGAAAUGGACGGAAGCACGGGACCGAUAGAUAAUGCCCCAAAUGAGAUACCGACUCAACCUGGAGAUACAUCAGAAGUUACAGGAGGAGCCAAAGGAGGCACCGGGCUUCGUAAAAUGAAGCCAAGAUCUAAGGCAUGGAGUCAUUUUGACAUGAUUCUUGACGGAAAUAAAAAAACUGAUAGGAGCUCAGUGCAAACAUUGUUAGAAGCAAUAUGCUUGCCAUACAAAAUGAAAUGGUACCUCUUCACUUCUUGCUCAUUUGACUGGUUGCAUGAAAAAUCC